AUGGAAGGUCGCUGUGUUUUUACCAGUUCAGUUCAUCUCAUCGCGGCCUUAAUCCUCGUUUCAGCACUUGGGUUGUGCGACGGCGGGUUUACGAGCAGCUAUGUGCGGCCAAAUGGGCUGAGCCAAGAUAUGCCUUUGGACAGCGAUGUUCUUCGCGAGCCUCCAGGUUAUAAUUCUCCUCAGCAGGUUCACAUUACACAAGGAGAUCAUGAAGGUAGGGGUGUUAUAAUAUCUUGGAUCACACCAAAUGAAUCGGGUUCACGUUCAGUGCUCUAUUGGGCUGAAAACAACCCGAUCAAGCAAAUCGGAUAUGGCAUUGUUGCGAAAUAUAAGUUCUACAAUUAUACCUCGGGUUACAUUCAUCACUGUACUAUUAAGAAUCUUGAGUUCGAUACGAAAUACUAUUAUGAAAUCGGAACAGGAAAUGUCACGCGGCAGUUUUGGUUCGCUACUCCUCCUCAACCGGGCCCGGAUGUUCCUUAUACGUUUGGUCUCAUAGGUGAUCUUGGUCAGACUCAUGAUUCAAACCGGACUCUUACUCAUUAUGAAAUGAACCCUGUAAGAGGACAGACGAUUUUGUUUGUUGGAGACCUUUCUUAUGCCGAUAGCUAUCCUUUGCAUGAUAAUACAAGAUGGGACACUUGGGGAAGAUUUGUCGAGAGAAAUGCAGCCUAUCAGCCGUGGAUUUGGACUGCUGGAAAUCAUGAAAUCGACUUUGUUCCUGAAAUCGGCGAAACGAAACCUUUCAAGCCGUACAAAAAUCGAUUUUUCACACCAUAUAGAGCAUCGGGAAGUACUUCUCCUCUUUGGUACUCCAUCAAGAGAGCUUCCGCCUACAUCAUUGUCCUCUCUUCUUAUUCAGCUUAUGGUAAAUACACACCACAAUACAAGUGGCUCACGAGCGAGCUGCCUAGAGUGAAUAGAACAGAGACUCCAUGGCUGAUUGUACUAAUGCACAGCCCUCUGUAUAGCAGUUAUGUACAUCACUAUAUGGAAGGAGAGACUAUGCGUGUAAUGUACGAACCGUUGUUUGUUGAGUACAAAGUUGAUGUCAUCUUUGCUGGCCAUGUUCAUGCGUACGAACGAUCUGAACGUAUAUCCAAUAUAGCAUACAAUGUGGUGAACAGAUUAUGCACUCCAAUUAACGACGACUCGGCUCCAGUUUAUAUCACUAUAGGUGAUGGAGGAAAUCAAGAAGGCCUGGUCAAAGAGAUGACCGAGCCACAACCGAGCUACUCAGCUUAUCGGGAGGCUAGCUUUGGGCAUGCAAUUUUUGAUAUUAAGAACAAGAGCCAUGCAUAUUUCGGUUGGCAUCGUAAUCAGGAUGGAUUUGCAGUCGAGGCCGACUCUUUAUGGUUUGUUAACCGGCACUGGAAGUCAUCGGUGGAAAAUACUUGUUGUGGAGAUAUGAAAAAUUUGAUAUGA